AUGGGUGGAGCAGGCGCCUUGCCCGUGAUUGGUCAAAGCGUAAACCACCCCGCGCCACACAUCGAGUGGAUACUUGGAAGCUGCGCAGUGAUUCGUUCUCAGCCACAGUUGGGAACCAUUCCGCGUUACGCGGCCUCCGAUCUUGCUGUUUCUGGAAAAUGUGAAGAGUUCAAGUUUCUUAUCCAAGUUUCUGCCCACCAACCAAACGCUAUGAAAUACAUUCGUCAAGGAAAGCCACAGGCUUCUCGGCGUUCCGUCACUGGAGACCUUCCAAGCCUCUCCCAGGCGCCGAACACCCGAGCCGGAGACCGUCUUCCCAUUCUCCACUACGCCGCCACUCCAGUCAUGAAUCUUCCAGCAGGACAAGCUCUUCAAAUGUCUCCAGCCAGCAGGCCCCACCCCGUGGUCAUUCAACUCCACAACGCACACGAAUCCCGUCGCCGCCGCCGUCACCAUUUGCCCGUUGCGAAUCCCGCUGACCCUCGGCUUGAUUUCAAUCUCUGA